UAUUGAAACAAGAUGAAGUUCCUCUCGUUGCUUCUCCUCUGUCAUGUGGCAUCUCCAGUUAAACACUCCUUGAAGUUUUUUACAACUGGAUCUUCUGGAUUCCAAAAAGUCCCAGAGUUUGUGGUUGUUGCAUUGGUUGAUGAACUUCUGGUAGGUUACUGUGACAUAGAUAAAAGGAUCGUUGAACCAAAACAGGACUGGAUGAGACAAUUAUUAGAAAGUGAACCUCAGCAGUUGGCGUGGUACACUCGAGAAUGUGCUGAGGAUUUGCCGAACCACCUCAAAGCCUCGAUUGACCUUUUGAAGCAGCGCUUCAACCAAAGUGGAGGUGAUCACAUUUUCCAGAGGAUGAGUGGCUGUGAGUGGGAUGAUGAGACUGGAGAAGUUAAUGGUUUUAAUCAGUAUGGUUAUAACGGAGAAGACUUUAUAUCAUUUGAUCUGAAGACACUGACAUGGAUCGCUCCAAAACCACAGGCUGUCAUCACCAAACAGAGAUGGGACGCUGAUGAAGCUAGAUUGAAAUUCAAUGAGUAUUUCCUCACUCAGUUUUGCCCUGCACACCUGAGGUUGUUUGUGGACUAUGGAAAGAGCUCUCUGCUGAGAAAAGACCUUCCCUCAGUGUCUCUCCUCCAGAAGACUCCCUCCUCUCCAGUCAGCUGCCACGCUACAGGUUUCUACCCUGAGGCAGCCAUGAUGUUCUGGAGGAAAGAUGGAGAGGAGCUUCAUGAGGACGUGGAGCUCGGAGAGAUCCUCCCCAACCACGAUGGAUCCUUCCAGAUGAGUGUUGACCUGGACCUCUCAUCAGUCAAACCUGAAGACUGGACCAGGUACGAGUGUGUGUUUCAUCUCUCUGGUGUGAAGGACGACAUCGUCACCAGACUGGACAAAGCAGUGAUCAGGACCAACAGAGUUUCUCCCUCAGAGUUUCCUGCUGCUGCUGUUAUUGGAGUUUGUGUGGGAUUGAUGCUGCUUCUUGCACUCUGCAUCACUGGACUCUUCUUCUGGAGGAAACACAAGAAUGGAUUCAAGCCUGCAAACUCUUCCGAACAUUCAUCCUCUCCAACUCCUGUGGACAAUGAUACAGCUCCUGACUGAUCACAUGAUUCAGUGAAGAUUAGAAGAAGACACGUAACUCCAGUGAAGUGGUUGUGGCAUCAAUAUUUUAUUAGGUUAUGUUAUGUGACAUAAAUAUGUAUUAACAAAACUUCUUUUACUGAAAUCUAACUUAAGUGUUUUAUAGAUUGGAUUAGACUGUUUCAGAUUGUCAGUAGAUGCAGUGUAGAAUAAUGAAGUGAGAAGUGAUAGAAGCAUUUUAUCUGCAGCUGUUUCUGCAGACCUUUGGUGUAAAGAUCACUGCAGCAGCUGUCACACUGUAGUGGAAAAUCUUAAGAGACAACAAGAGUUUCUAGAAAGACAGCCCUGCGGGAUUUAUUGACAAGUACAAUAUUCAAGAUACACAAACAGGUCCUUGGUUCGAACAGCAACUGCCCAGUUUUCCUAUUUCUGUUACUAUAUACCUAAUGUUCGUGUGUAAGGUCUGAUGCUUUCCUGUUAUGGAGUAAAAAGUACAAUAUUUGCCUCUAAAAUGUAGUGGAGUGGAAGUAUAUAGUUACUUAAAGUGUAAAUACUCAAGUUAGGUACAAGUAACUCAUAAUCAUUUUACUUGAGUAAAUG